AAAAGAUCACCACGCUGUCUUGGUACCACCAGUUCCAUCAGUCCACCCUACCACAAUUCCCCGUUUGUCCGGGAAGCGAUUUCGUCUUACCAUCACCGGUUUAUUCGAUUGCCAGCGACGUCGUGGAUUUUUCAAGUGUUUCGCAAAGUGAUUUAUUACUUUUUUGACGGUUAAGAAAGUUAAGAGGGAAUUUUGGUUUUUGUGUGAAUUUUUGAUUUGUUGAGGGAAAUCACCGAAAAUGGACACGCAACAGUUCAGGGAGUUCGGCAAAGCCGCUGUGGACUACAUCGCUGACUAUUUUGAAACUAUCAAAGAUAGACCAGUCCUGCCGUCAGUCAAGCCGGGCUAUUUGGAAGACCUGCUGCCGAAAGAGGCGCCGGAAGAGGGCGAGUCGUGGCAGGAAGUGUUGCAGGACGUCGACAGGAUAAUAAUGCCGGGACUGACGCACUGGCACUCUCCCAACUUCCACGCUUACUACCCCAGCGCCCAUUCAUUCCCGGCCGUCGUCGGCGAAAUGAUGAGCGCCGGUUUCGGAUGCGUCGGACUCAGUUGGGUGGCCAGUCCCGCUUACACAGAACUGGAGGUGGCGAUGAUGAACUGGCUGGGAAAGAUGCUCAAUUUACCCGACGAAUUCCUGAACUGCUCCGAAGGACCCGGUGGAGGAGUGAUACAGGGCUCCGCCAGCGAAGUGACAUUCAUCGUCUUACUGGCGGCCAAAGAGAAAAUGGUCAAGGACCUGAGGGAAGCCAACUCGCCCCUAACCGAGGGCGAGAUCAAGGCUAAACUGGUCGCCUACUCCUCGGACCAGUCCAACUCCUCGGUGGAGAAGGCCGGACUGCUGGGCUCGAUGCCGAUGCGCCUCCUGCCCACGGACAAGGACGGCAAGCUGCGCGGCCACACCUUGCUCGCCGCCAUCCGCGAGGACCGGGCCAAAGGUCUGAUCCCGUGCUACGUGGUGGCCAACCUGGGCACCACGCCGACAUGCGCCUUCGACGACUUAGAGGAGCUGGGCCAAAUUUGCAACAAAGAAAACAUCUGGCUGCACGUGGACGCCGCCUACGCCGGCACCGCUUUCAUUUGUCCAGAGUACCGGCACUACAUGAAGGGCGUCGAGCUAGUCGAGUCGUUCAACUUCAACCCCCACAAGUGGAUGCUGGUGAACUUCGACUGUUCCGCAAUGUGGGUCAAAAACGCCAAGUACCUAGUGGAGGCGUUCAACGUGGACCGGAUCUACCUCAAGGACAGUCACAAGGGGUUGGCGCCGGAGUACCGCCACUGGCAAAUCUCACUGGGGCGUCGUUUCAGGGCUUUGAAGCUGUGGUUCGUGCUGAGGACCUACGGUGUGGAGGGCUUGAGGAAGCACGUACGCCACCAAAUCUCUUUAGCUAAGGUGUUCGAGGAGCUGGUACUGAAGGACCAACGUUUCGAGCUAUGCUCCACGAGCAUGGGACUGGUGUGCUUCAGGCUGAAGGGCGACGACAAGCUCACGGAACAGCUGCUGAACGCCAUCAGCGAACGUAAGAACAUAUUCGUGAUAGCCGGACACUACAACGGCUUGAUGUGUAUCCGCUUCGCCAUCUGCAGCAGGCUGACGCGGAGGGAGGACGUUGAUUACGCCUGGAAAGAGUUCUUGGUGUGCGCCAACGAAAUCGUCAAGGAGGCCAAAGUCGGCACCGAAAUCACCGGCAAGAAGAUCCUGUCCACGGAAAUCACGCAUUCCCGGUGUGAAUUGCCCAGCAACACGGAAAAAUCAAAGUAGUACUUUUGUGGGUUGUUUAAAUAGUUGUUUUUAUUUAUUGUUAAGAGGCUCAAUAUAUAUUUUUUAAGUUA